AUGGUGAUUGGCAAACAUCGCAUGUCUGAACCCACAGCCAUCAACCAGCAUGGCACCAGCACGAGCCAUUCAAUUGUUUCUCCCUCCCCGCCCAUUCCCUGCGCCCCCGUUUACCCCCCCUACCUUGUUCGCUCCCUCCAUCAUGACCGUGCGAACGAGAUACUCAAGACGGUGCACGACUUGGACUUGAAGAGUAUCCCCCUCACAUCCCUACUACACCUUUCCCCCUCUUUCCCCAUACCCUCGCAUUGUGCUUGCCCUUACCAGGACCGUGCGAACGAGAUAUUCAAGAAGGUGCACGACUUGAAGAGCAUUCGCGGGCGCAGCAACGAGGCCACGUAUGCUGCUUGCCUUUACAUUGCAUGCCGGCAGGAGGACAAGCCACGUACCUUCAAAGGUGAGUGGGGGGGGUUGCAGAUCUGGAAACCAAAGUUGCUGGUGCUGUCAGCCCUCGCAUGCCCUCACGUGCCCUCCCACCCUCACGUGCCCUCCCACCCUCACGUGCCCUCCCACCCUCACGUGCCCUCCCACCCUCAUAUGCCCCUCCUCACUGCCACGUGUCACUCUCCCUCCACCACACGUGCAGAGAUAGGGUCAGCAGGCAACAACAUAUCAAAGAAGGAGAUAGGCCGAGCGACCAAGUUUAUAGUGAAGCAGCUAGAAGCGGAUAUGGGGGCGGUGGACAUGGGAGCGGUCAAUGCAGGCGAUUUCAUGGUGAGUCGGCUCUUCCCCAUGAUGAGUGAGUGGGGGCCCCCUGGGAGGGACCUCACAUACCGGCGCUUCUGUUCGCAUCUGGGCAUGAAGGGAGCGCCAGUGCAGGCGGCAAUAGGGGUGGUGCAGAGCACAGAGCAGAUCGACAUGCCCUUGUCCCUCAGUCGGCGCUUCUGCUCGCAUCUGGGCAUGAAGGGGGCGCCAGUGCAGGCAGCAAUAGAGGUGGUGCAGAACACAGAGCAGAUUGACAUCCGCACCAGCCGAGCGCCCAUCUCCAAGGCCGCUGCCGCCAUCUACAUGGUCACUCAGCUCUGCAGCAACCCCGUGCCCACCAAAGCGCCCAUUUCCAAGGCUGCUGCUGCCAUCUACAUGGUCACUCAGCUCUGCAGCAACCCCGUGCCCACCAAAGGGAUGGCAGAGAGUGGCACCAUGUGCACCAGCUAUGAGGGCCUUUCCGUUUCUCUCCCCUCUCCUCCUCAAAUGCUUCUCUUCCUCUUGCCUUUCCACUCCCCCUUGCCGCCUGACAUAUCGCGCGCAAGGGCGUGGCUGAGGGGACUUUUGAGUCGACUCAAAAGUCACUUUCCACCCCCCCUUGCCGCCAGACAUAUCACACGCAAGGGCAUGGCUGAGGGUACCAUCCGCAACACCUACAAGCACCUGCUCCCCUUCAACCUGCCAUUUCCCAUCCUAAUUCUCCAUUCCCUACCUGCCUGUCAUUCGCCUUUCGCUUCAAUCCCCCUACCUGCAGAUAUAUCGAGGGCAACGGGAGUGGCAGAGGGCACCAUCCGCAAACACGUACAAGGACCUGCUGCCCUCCCCUUCCCCCUCCACGUCUCCUCUUCCUCCUGCACCUGUUCAUCUCCUCUCCCCUUGCAUUCCCCCUCCCCCCUUUCUGCAGACAUAUCGAGGGCAACGGGAGUGGCAGAGGGCACCAUCCGCAACACGUACAAGGACCUGCUGCCCUUUGCCUCGCGCCUGCUGCCCGAGUCAUACGCCAAACCAGAGGACAUUGCCAAGCUCUCCCCCUCGUAG